UAUUUUAAAUUUGGGCUUUUAUUGUGAAGGCGGGUAAAUGUUGCUAGCGGAAAAAAAUACGCGCCUUACCCAGUUGGAGGGUGAAAUAACGUUAUCAGUAAAGUUGGGACACAGCCGUGAAGCUUGGUUUCAGACUAGUAUUGACGUGAAGAUAAAUGUACCUCUUCAUUUGAACUCGUAUCUCAGGUUAAAAUAAGUUACCGUCGCUUGUUGUUGUUCGUAUUGCUAGUGUUAGCUCAGCAGCCGGUCCGCACAGCGCUCCAGAAUGGAUCCUGAAAGUACACCAACUAGUCCAGUCGGAGACUGCACCGUGGUAGAGCAGAACCCCAAAUAUCAGAGGAGUCUGAGGAGUCUUAACGUGCUCGCCACGAGGUUUGUCAUGCUGCUGCAAGAAGCUGAAGGCGGUGUGCUGGACAUCAAAGAUGCUGUCCGCAUCCUGGCUGUCGGACAGAAAAGGCGAAUCUACGACAUCACAAAUGUGCUUGAGGGUGUUGGUCUGAUUGUGAAAAUUUCCAAAAGCGUUGUAAAGUGGAAGGGGUCAUUGCCAGGAGAAAAUUCAUGCGAGUUAACCAAAAGACUGAUAGAGUUAAAGUCUGAGCUGGAGGACUUGGAGCAGAAGGAAUAUAUGUUGGAUCAGCAGAAAUUUUGGGUUGAACAGAGCAUCAGGAACACAACAGAAGACUGCAGAAAUCUGAGCUAUGUGAAUCAUCAUGAUAUCUGCAACUGCUUCAGUGGCCACACUCUCUUGGCAGUACAAGCUCCAUCUGGCACACAGUUAGAUGUUCCCAUUCCCAAAGCUGUCCAGAACAGCCCAGCAAAGUACCAGAUCCACAUGAAAAGCAUCAAUGGGCCAAUAGAUGUUGUUCUUCUUAACAAACACUCCGACAGCUCUGUUCCUGUUGUGCUGCCAGUCCCACCACCAGAAGACAUUUUACGGAGUGCCAAAUCAGCCAUGUUCACUUCAGACAAGACAGACUGCAGUAUGACACCAUGUCAGGCUUCAGAUAAUACAAAACAUAGCACUAAAUCUACACAGAUGGCCAUGGAGGACAUGCAAAAUCUUCAGUCACCGUCAUUUAUAAAUGGCAAGUCUAACAGAACUGAUGUGUCUGGAUUACGUGAUCUUUCAAAAGAACUUGAGGAUCUACUACAGCCCACCAAAGAAAAAAUGAAUUCACAUCUAAUCACAGAGCUUAUGGCCUCUGAGGUUUUUUCUCCGCUCCUCCGUCUAUCUCCACCCCCAUCUGAACAGGAGUACGCCUACAAUAUAGAUGAGAGUGAAGGCCUCUGCGACCUCUUCGACAUCCCUAUGCUCAAUGUUUGACCAUAAACUCUUGUGUUAAUACUCAAAAAGUAAAUAUAUUUUUACAACAAAAUGGACAUCGUUGUUUUUAAAUUGUUAUGUGAUUAUAACAAAUAAUAAAUGAAUGAAUUUCAA